UAAAAAGUCCCUCUACAGCACACUGUAUUUACCUCUGUGUAUGAAAUGUGCUGUAUAACUAGAAAGAGAGAAUGAAAACAUAUAUACAAUAACAUCAGUUAUCAAUUAAAAUCAAGAAAAUAAGCACUGAUAUUUUCAGUUUUUUUAAAUUCCCCUGUACUGAUAGAAAAAAGAGAUAAUUUGGAUUUUUCUCUUUCAAUCUUUAACUCAAACAUUUGAGAAGGAAAAAUCUUUAACAAAGUUGAAACACAAUCACACAAUGAAUCAGAAACAGACACGUAGGAAGAAAACUAGACCAUCUUUCCUCCUCAGGUUUGUUGUAUCCAGCCUUUUAGAUACAUAGGAGAUGUUUGUGGUCACAUUUAUGAAAACACAAUCAUGAGGGAUGUGAUUUAUAACAAAUCAUCGUGUUAGCUCCUGGUAAGAACAGACAGAUGUGAGCUCUCUGUGUCUCUCUUUGCAGUCAUGAUCCUGGUGGACCCCGGUCUGUACAUUGGCACCGCGGCCGAUCUCAAUGACAGGCAGGCACUGGCUGAUGCCGCUGUCACUCGUGUCCUGUCUGUGGACUCUGUCGACCCCACCCCUCAGCUUCCCGCUGAUGGUGCCUUCUGCAUGAAGUGGGUCAACGUUUUAGAUGAGGUGACCUCUGACCUCCUGAGUCACCUGGACGACUGCUACCUGUUCAUUCAGGAGGCUGUGGUUGGAGGUGGGACUGUCAUUGUUCACUGGUAAGGGUCAGAGGUCAACGGGAAGACCUAAAGUUUGACUCUGUUGGUUUUUCUUCCAUCAUGUCUUUUGUAUUCCUUAAUCUAUUUAGCUAGCCAGAGUUUUAUUGUGGUGACGUAUGUUACCAGAUAGUUAUUGAUCAUAACUCGGGA